AUGGUACUAUUCAAACGGAAGCCGGUUCAAUACCUCCCACAGACUGUCAUUGAAGAUGAAAGCUCCGAGGUCUGGGUCAUCCCAGAGACAAACGAGGUCUUCACCACCUACGAACCCUAUCUCCAGCGAAUGGACUUUUAUAAACAACGCCGAUUCAUUUGUGAAAUCACUGGACAUUCGGGAUUAACGUUUUUUGAGGCGCUCCGCAGUGAGACAGAGGAAUCGCGUGAAGUCAACAACAGCUUCCCCGAUGCUUUGAGAGAACCCAUCCUACGCAGAAUUCAAUUCUCUACAGUCUCAAGGGUGGACAGCCUAGUGGAUGAAAUCUAUGAAGAAUUCAAAUCGGACUUUUAUCCGGGUGAAGCCGUUCUGAUUUUGCUAGAGGAUAGCAGUCGGCUCCAUGGUACUAUCAGAGACAAGGCCAACUUUGCAGAGCAGUUGUAUGCCGAUGGGACUAUCAAAACACCUGCCUUUGCUAGAUAUCUGGUUAAGAUCCUAGACCGUCAAAACGAGGAGGCCCUGCUGGACCAGGACCACAUCACCCGUGACCGGAAGGCAUUCACCAAGUUGAUGCUGCGUGGAUUCAUUAAAAAUAACGUUACCAGGGAAUCAUGGACUGGUGCCCCUUGGCUAGUCAAACCAUCUGUCGCCGAGGUGUACAAAAUCCCGAUCGAGGUGCCCAAACAUCUUCAGUAUGGCGCAAAGGUGGCAGAGAAGAAGGCAAUGAAGAAAGCCGACCAAGACGGUUUCUUCGGCUUCUUCUCUUCCCAGCAGCUUCCCGAGCUGAAGCCCGCCGUCAAAGGGCAGAAGUCAAAGCUGUCAGCUCAUGACAUGGCUAAAUCGAGGGAAGCACAAUACCAAGAGUAUCAGCGAUCCUUGAAUGGGGAUGCCUCAUUCCUUCUGCCUUCAAAUCCUUUGCGCCCUUCCAAACCGCCGCUGGUUGGCGAUAGAAAGCAUGCUGCUAUGCCAGCAGUAGUAGUCAAGAAUGAAUCGAGGCCGGCAACCCCACCACCAAUCAAGUAUCCCAUCGAAGAUUUGGAUCUUGCUCCCAAACCCGAGAAGCAGCACCGCCCGAUGCUGAAAUUCAUGAUGGCAGGCGACGCCGAAGAGGAUGGCGUGGAGGAUUUACUGCCAUAUGAUAUAGCGCCUGAGACGGUGGGAUUGCUUCUGGAGACUUGGGACACACUCAAUGUGUACUGUGAGGUGUUUGAACUGGAUUCUUUCCCCUUUGACGAUUUCACUCAGGCUAUGCGAUUCUCGUCCGACGAAAUGGAUUGCGACCUUUUUGUAGAGGUGCACUGCGCCGUACUCAAGAAGCUUGUGAAUGCAUCCGAUGGCGGGGAUGGCGCAGUUCAAGUCUCCCUCCCAGAUUUCCCGACAGAUGACUCUGACGAGUCUGAAGAUGAAGAGGAAGAAGAAGAAGAGGAAGCCGAGGAGGAGUCCCCAAAGCCGCAGAUCAAGCCCGGGAGAAUGACCACCAGAGGAAGUCUAGCCAAGGAAGAGUUAGUGAUCAUCAAAGCACAGAUCGAGGAAGACCAACUGGAGGAGACCCGCAUUCAUCGUGCUUCCGAGCUGUUUGAGAAGUAUGGGUGGAUCGACCGCCUCCGCAAGCGUGAUUUCCGUAACGGUGGCUGGCAGACGGUGAUGGUUGGAGUUUUGCACCAGCUGUCUGUUCGCCCUCGUUCGGAGCAAGUUUGCAACAAUAUUCUCAAGCACUUGGCACCUCUCGAUUCCGACCCUACACCGAAUACUGUACAAAAGCAAUACCAAACCCUGGACAUCAACCUGCGCACCAAGGCGCUCCAGAUGAUCUGCAUGUUGAGUUUGGAGACCAAAGCUAUCCGCAACUAUCUUGAGGAGUGCAGCAAUCAGAUGACGGAGUUGCGCAAGGAAAAGAUCGAGUACCAAAAGUCACGCAAAGCAGCACUCAUCGAGCUUCGUCAGUUGCAUCAGGAGCGAAAGGCCGUUCAACCCGAACCUGAGAAGGCAGGAAAGUCGCCUACCCCAGUCCCCGAGCUCGACGGCCUGGAUGAUUCUAGGAUGACCGGUCUUGAAGGAGACUCUGAGAUGAUAAUGGACACUGAAGACGAGGAUGUUCCUCGACCACGCGCACUGCGCGGAGGAGUAGACAGAGCUCUGGAGCGUAAACGGAAGCAAGAACUCGAGAAAGAGCGAAAAGAGAUCUUGGCCAAGCAACCAAAGGGAUCGAAGCAGUACCAGAAGGUCUUGAAGAAGAUUGAUGAGCAGAAGGCCAAGAUCGAGAAACUCCAGGAGCAAAUCGAGACGGUGGAAAACAGCCUUCGAGAAACUGACUGUCCGCGAACCAAAUGCCUUGGGCAGGAUCGCUUUUGCAAUCGCUAUUGGUGGUUUGAGCGCAACGCAAUGCCUUACGAGGGUAUGCCGGAAAGCUCGAGUGCCGAAGCAGGCUAUUCUAACGGCCGCCUGUGGGUUCAAGGCCCAGAUGAAAUGGAAUAUACCGGAUUCAUUGAGGUGACCGACGAACAGCGCAAGCAAUACCAGAAGCAUUUCCAGACCACCCCGGCAGAGCGCAAGAAGCACGAAGAGGGCCCAACUCAUGUUUCAAAUGCUCGUGAAUGGGGAUUCUAUGAGGAUCCCGAGGCUAUUGAGCAGCUCAUCGAUUGGCUCGAUGUGCGUGGCAACCGGGAAUCCAAGUUGAUGAAGGAGCUUCUCCUUCAGCAAGACUACAUUGCCAAGUACAUGAAGAAUCGCAAGGAGUAUUUAGCUGAAACUCCCGAGAGAGCCGAGUCGGAGGAUAUUCCGACCAAGCGAGUGACUACUCGGACCAAAACCUACGUGGAUGUGAACGAUAACCACCUGCGCUGCCUACGCUGGAAGAACAACACCGCCCUGUCUGUAAAUGGUCAUCUCCAUAUUGACUCUGGCCGCCCAGCCAAGCGCAAGCGGGUUUCCGAUGAUACCAGAGGGGCAAAGGCAGCUAAACAGGCCAAGACUCUACCUCGAACUCGCGCUCAGCGCAGGGGUUGA